GGUGUGCGAGGCCUCUCUGGAAGUUGUCCGGGUGUUCGCCGCUGGAGCUCCGGGUCGGGAGGACGAGGUGCCGCUGCUGGGAGGAUCCUCCGCUGCCGCCGGCUCCCGGAGCCCAGCCCUUUCCUAACCCAACCCGACCCAGCCCAGUCCCAGCCGCCAAGGCCUGUCCCUGCCGCGGACCCAGCGUUACCAUGAAUCCUGCCGUCUUCCUAUCCUUACCCGACCUCAGAUGCUCCCUGCUGCUCCUGGUAACUUGGGUUUUUACUCCUGUAACAACUGAAAUAACAAGUCUUGAUACAGAGAAUAUAGAUGACAUUUUAAACAAUGCUGAUGUUGCUUUAGUAAAUUUUUAUGCUGACUGGUGUCGUUUCAGCCAGAUGUUGCAUCCAAUUUUUGAAGAAGCUUCCAAUGUCAUUAAGGAAGAAUAUCCAAAUGAAAAUCAAGUAGUGUUUGCCAGAGUUGAUUGUGAUCAGCACUCUGAUAUAGCCCAGAGAUACAGGAUAAGCAAAUACCCAACCCUCAAAUUGUUUCGUAAUGGGAUGAUGAUGAAGAGAGAGUACAGGGGUCAGCGGUCAGUGAAGGCCCUCGCAGAUUACAUCAGGCAACAAAAAAGCGACCCCGUUCAAGAGCUUCAUGACUUAGCAGAAAUCACCACUCUUGAUCGCAGCAAAAGAAAUAUCAUUGGAUACUUUGAGCAAAAGGAUUCAGAAAACUAUAGAGUUUUUGAAAGAGUAGCAAAUAUUUUGCAUGACGAUUGUGCCUUCCUUUCUGCAUUUGGGGCUGUUUCAAAACCAGAAAGAUAUAGUGGAGACAACAUAAUCUACAAACCACCAGGGCAGUCUGCUCCAGAUAUGGUAUACUUGGGAUCUAUGACAAAUUUUGACGGGACUUACAAUUGGAUUCAAGAUAAGUGUGUUCCUCUCGUCCGGGAAAUAACAUUUGAAAACGGAGAGGAAUUGACAGAAGAAGGACUGCCUUUUCUCAUACUCUUCCACAUGAAAGAAGAUACAGAAAGUUUAGAAAUAUUUCAGAAUGAAGUAGCCCGACAAUUAAUAAGUGAAAAAGGUACAAUAAACUUCUUACAUGCUGACUGUGACAAAUUUAGACAUCCUCUUCUGCACAUCCAGAAAACUCCAGCAGACUGCCCAGUGAUCGCGAUUGACAGCUUUAGGCACAUGUAUGUGUUUGGAGACUUCAGGGAUGUAUUAAUUCCUGGAAAACUCAAGCAGUUUGUAUUUGACUUACAUUCUGGAAAACUGCACAGAGAGUUCCACCAUGGUCCCGACCCAACCGACACAGCCCCAGGACAGCAAGUCCAAGAUGUAGCAAGCAGCCCACCUGAGAGCUCCUUCCAGAAGCUAGCGCCCAGCGAAUAUAGGUAUACUUUAUUGAGGGAUCGAGAUGAGCUUUAAAAACUUGAAAAACAAUUUGCAAGCCUUUCAAACAGCAGCAUCAACUUACGUGGUGGAAAUAGUAAACCUAUAUUUUCAUAAUUCUAUGUGUAUUUUUAUUUUGAAUAAACUGAAAGAAGUUUUGGGUUUUUAA